GUUUCCCACACCUACCCCCAGCAGACUGACAGAAAAAAAAUCUGCCUAAAAAUCUCUUCAGAUUUGAAACUUCUUUGCUGAGCACUCAGUGUUUAGCUUUAUGCUCUGACUUUAUAGGCUGAUACCUUGAUUUUAAGGGGAAAUAUAACUCUGAUAAAGUAUGCUAACAAAAAACAGCUUACAGUGAAGGAAUUUAGCAGAAUUUGGCAGUUAUUGCACUGUAAAGAAUACAGAGCACAGAUGCAACUAAGAUUGAUAAUGAAUGUAGAAAAGUAAUGCUGAUACCUAAAAAUAAAAACUAAUGCUAAUUUGAUUUAAAUCAGAAGAUAUUUUAACAUAUUUGGUACUGGUAAACGAAACAAAAUAGUAUAGCUUUUCUGAAAAAUUUUCAAGAAGAGGUUUGAAGAAAUUAUUCUGAUAAAAACAAUAUUUUCUCUUCCUCUUUAUACAACACUGCAAAAUGGUGAAAUUAGUGCUGUUAAUUACUUUAGUUUUAUUUGCAGAAUCUGUAGUUAUUUUUCCAAGGAAAACAUUUCAGCAUAGGGACUGGGACAGUCCGCUGGAGGAAGAAAAAGAGUGCCCUGUGUGCCAACUAGAGCUCUGUCCAUCUCUUCCGACUUGUCUUGCUGGCAAGGUCAAGGACAGAUGUGGUUGCUGUUGGGAAUGUGGGAAUACGGAAGGUAAGCUAUGUGAUCCUACCCCUAACCGUAGCUUUUAUGGCAGAUGUGGAGAAGGCCUAAAGUGUAUGGUUGAGGUAGAUAGUGACAAUUUUGGACACAUUCCUGAACCUCAGUGUGUUUGCCUGAAGAAAGGUAUGAUCUGUGGAUCUGAUGGAAAAACGUAUAGAAACCUCUGCAAGUUCCGGGAAGCCAUCUAUUCUAGUCAGACUGCUGUCCAUCUAACAAUAGCUCGGAAAGGCCCAUGCAAAGCAGCUCCAGUUAUUACCAAACCACCUCGGGAUAUGGUCACCAUCGAAGGUCAUGACAUCAUUUUUGAUUGUGCUGUGUCCUCUUAUCCAAUGGCAUUAAUUGAAUGGAGGAAGGAAGGAAGCCGCCUUUUGUUACUAGGUGAUGACUCACAUAUUGCUGUUCAGACUCGUGGGGGACCACAGCAAUAUGAAAUCACUGGCUGGUUACAGAUCAAGAACAUCCAGAAAGAAGACGAAGGUAUCUAUACCUGUUAUGCAAACAAUGGAUAUGGACAGAAUUCUGCAUCAGCUUCAUUACGAGUUGUAGAUCGAGAAUCUUCACUGGUUGAAGAAGUGUUGACGGACAGGACAGAUGCUUUUGACCUGAUAGAUGAUGAAGAUGAAGGCCUGAAUAUUUCUGGAGAUAAUGAAAUCUGAAAAAGAAAUGGAUAAAUAUUGAAAUCAACUGUUGCACCUUAAAGAAAGAUUAUUUUUUCUUCUGUGGAAAAUCAUUACUCCCUCAUUAUUCAUACAUUAGCUUCAUGGCAAGUAGCUUAUAAACAGGUAUUCAUUUAGAAAUGAUACAAAAAACAUUUAGAAACAGUAGACUUUGCUGUGCACCUUUCAGUUUAAAUGUCUGUAAUUCUGUAAUAUGUGGUUUGUUAUUAGAGUAAGACAUUGUUUUAUUUCUUUGUGAUAUUUUGCUUUCAUUCAGACCACUGAAAGAUAUUUCUCCUUCUUGUGGUAUCUGAAGCAGUUUUGUAAGGCAUGUAAAGCAAUUCUGGGAAUGUGCUUUUUAAAAUGAGAUACACAGGUUACACAUGUUUAACCUUUCUAGCCAUUUAUCUGCAGUUAUAAAUAUAUUUCAUGAAUCAAAUCUUUCAAAGAGAUGUGUGGUAGGGUUAUACAGAGAGAAACAUCAAGGUGUGCCUAGCAUAAUGAGUAAUCUCAUCACAUUAUUCUCACCUCUGUUACUGACAAAUAAACCUGUGGGUAUUCUAAUGAGAUAUUGUUGAUCUUGCAAACAAACAAUAGAUUACCAUAUACUGAAUGUUGCAAAUCCAGAAAUAGAUGGUCACAAGUGUUCUGAUAUGUUAUUAUACUGCAUUGGAAGCAAUGAUAUUCACUUUUCCCUCACACAUUGUCUACAAAGGUAAUAUUUUAUUUAAAUAUUUUUAUAAUAUGUAGUAGAUUUCAAAGAAAUUUCAUUUGUGGUUUAUUUUUUAAAAACGUUUUUGCUUUUGAAUUAAGAAUAUCAUUUCUGUAAAUUGUUCUAAUUACAGACCAACAAUAACCUAAAAUUGAAAUGUUAAUAAUUUUGAAAAUUGUCUGAAUGAAAAACAACAAUAUAGGGCUCUGUGACUAGUUUCAUACACACCACUGAUUUAGUUGAAGCCAUUCGAACUGGCAGUGGAUGGGAAUUAAGUUGAAGGGAAUAUCAUUGUUUAAUGAACAGGGUUACAUUUUAACUAGAGGACUUGGCAUUUCAGAAGGACUGUGAGAUUUAUCCCUAUUGCUUGUUAUGGUCAAAUUUCUUUUUGACUUAUAUGCAAAAGUGACCUGUAAUAAAUUACUUUUAACAUUGGUA